UGUUCCCGGAAAUCGCCGCUGCGAUCUCUGUAGCUGGUACCUCAGCCGCCGCUGCCGUCGCUGCGGAACUCCGCGAGUAGAACGGCCGAGGCGGCCCGGGCGGCCCGGCUUCCGGGCACCCUACGGGAUGGAGAUAAUCAGGAGCAAUUUUAAGAGUCAUCUUCACAAAGUGUACCAGGCCAUAGAGGAGGCGGACUUCUUUGCCAUCGAUGGGGAGUUCUCAGGAAUCAGUGAUGGACCUUCAGUCACCACAUUAACAAAUGGUUUUGACACUCCGGAAGAGAGGUACCAGAAGCUCAAAAAGCAUUCCAUGGACUUUUUGCUGUUUCAGUUUGGCCUUUGCGCUUUUAAGUAUGACUGCAUACAUUCAAAGUAUAUAAUAAAGUCAUUUAACUUCUAUGUUUUCCCGAAACCCUUCAAUAGAUCCUCACCAGAUGUCAAAUUUGUUUGUCAGAGCUCAAGCAUUGACUUUUUAGCAAGCCAAGGAUUUGAUUUCAAUAAAGUUUUCCGCAAUGGAAUUCCAUAUUUAAAUCAGGAAGAAGAAAGACAGUUAAGAGAGCAGUAUGAUGAAAAACGUUUACAGUCCAAUGGUGCAGGAGCUCUAUCAUAUGUGUCUCCUAACACAUCCAAGUGUCCUGUGACGAUUCCUGAGGAUCAGAAGAAGUUUAUUGACCAAGUGGUAGAGAAAAUAGAAGAUUUGUUACAGAGUGAAGAAAAUAAGAACUUGGACUUAGACCCAUGCACGGGGUUCCAAAGAAAACUAAUUUAUCAAACUUUGAACUGGAAGUAUCCCAAAGGCAUUCAUGUUGAGACUUUAGAAACUGAAAAGAAAGAGCGAUACAUAGUUGUCAGCAAAGUAGAUGAAGAAGAACGCAAAAGAAGAGAGCAGCAGAAACAUGCUAAAGAACAGGAAGAACUGAAUGAUGCUGUGGGAUUUUCUAGAGUCAUUCAUGCCAUUGCUAAUUCGGACUUAAAUGAAUUUAAGGAGAUCACAACUUCUGUUUUCCCCAAGCUCUUGGAUACUAAAUUGAUGGCCAGCACACAACCUUUUAAGGAUAUCAUUAAUAACACAUCCCUUGCAGAAUUGGAAAAGCGGUUAAAAGAGACACCUUUUAACCCUCCUAAAGUUGAAAGUGCAGAAGGUUUUCCAAGUUAUGACACAGCUUCUGAACAGCUCCAUGAGGCAGGCUAUGAUGCUUAUAUCACAGGACUGUGUUUCAUCUCCAUGACAAAUUACCUAGGUUCUUUUCUUAGUCCUCCAAAAAAUCAUGUGUCUGCCAGAUCAAAACUCAUUGAACCCUUUAUCAACAAGUUAUUUCUAAUGAGAGUCAUGGAUAUUCCCUAUUUAAACUUGGAAGGCCCAGACUUACAACCUAAACGUGAUCAUGUUCUCCAUGUGACAUUCCCCAAAGAAUGGAAAACCAGUGACCUUUACCAGCUUUUUAGUGCCUUUGGAAACAUUCAGGUAUCAUGGAUUGAUGACACGUCAGCAUUUGUUUCUCUCAGUCAGCCUGAGCAAGUACAAAUUGCUGUCAAUACCAGCAAAUACGCAGAAAGCUAUCGUAUUCAGACCUAUGCUGAAUAUGUGGGGAAAAAACACGAGGAGAAGCAGAUCAAGAGAAAGUGGCCAGAAGAUAGCUGGAAGGAGAUUGAGAGAAAGCGGUUAAAUCAGUGUAUAUCCUGUGCUCUGCAGAAUCACUAUUACCGCACCAAUAGUCCUACAGCUACCAGCACAGGAAGAAAGAGAAAGCUGAGCCUCAGUCAAGCAGAAGCUGGCUCGGAGGCAAGAGAGACUUCUGACCUUGAGUUUGAGCAGACAGAUUCCUGUGCUGAACCCCCCACCGAGGGAAGGAAAAAGACGAAGAAAUUUAAAAAAAUGAAGAAGGACCUUUCUCCAGCGGGAGGCAUCUCGGACAGCUCUGCCAAGCUCUUUGAAGUUCCUGACACGUGGUAGCCGAGGCCUGACCAAGACAAGUCGCGGUGCUGUCGCUGGGAAGGAACCAGCGGCACAUUGGAAGCCAUACCCUAUUCAAUAAGUGUGGUGUGGGAGGGCUUUGAAAACGGCUUCUCCUGGAAAAAGCUCAGCUUUUGUUUUUGUGGCUGUGUUUUUUUCCUUCCUUUCGAUUGUAAACUGCUGACACUCAGCAUGGUUGUAGGCUGUUAAGGUGUACAUUAUUAACCAGUUAUUUGUUGCUCAUGUGAAACCUUUCCUGUGAUGAAUUAGCGUGUGUAAGAAUCCACCUGAUGGGGGGUGUCGGCUGUGAAAUAUGCAGAAAGAGCUGACAUUCUUGGGGGCUGUGAUGAUGAGUUUGGGGUUGAACUCCUUCCUGCUUCAAGGGGUUUCCUUGUCUCCUCACGCUCGGACUCUGCUGCAGUCCUAGCACAUGGUUACCGUCUCCUAGUGGGGAAAUAGGAUAUGUCUGUCUGCUUCCCACCUUAGCUGCCUGAAAAUAUGAAGCUUUCAAGCUUAUUUUUCCAGUAGAAAAAUCUCUACCGAUAAAGGAGCUUACCAUAUGCCUUGGCCUUGGCAUAUUUAUUUAGAGUUAUUUUUGCUAAGAUGUGAGUUUCUUGCGCUGGGACAAGUAAAAAAGUUAAUUUCUGUUUUUACAUGUAGUGCUCUGUUCACUUGUCAGUGUGGUUGUCUCCUCUGUGUGUGGGUGGCUAUCUGGGAGGAAGGUGGCAUGUGUGUAUUCCUGUGUGUGCGUGUGUGAAAUCAUGGCAAAGCUACGUGUACCCGCCCUUCCUCUGUCGAAGCAGAUCACAACGGAGACAGAAUUUUGUGGAUCUACUUCAGUAGAGCUGCUUCAUAGAGGUCAUUGUUAGAUAUAUAACAUUUUUGUAUCACAAAAAUAAAAAUGAAAAAUGUAUUUCCAAAAGGUGAAAAUUAAAGACAUUUUCAUAGGA